GCAAAUUACACAGAAGCAAAGGCAUUCAUUCCUAAACAUGGUAGGCAUGUGGUCCUUAUUUCGUGAGAUUGACCAGAGUAAGACUACAUGGGCGAUAAAGGCUAGGGCAAUAAGGGUGUAUCGUGAGCCAGCCCAUGAUUGCUUUCCAGAAUCGCUGGAGGUUGUUUUCCAUGACGAAGAGGGAUCCAGGAUGCAUGCGCACAUCCCUGACCAGUUCAUCAACAAAUUCAUUGGCAUAUUCAAAGAGGGGCGGGUUUUUGCAGUGAAAAAUUUUAUGGUUGAGGAGAACUACAUGUUCUUUAAAACUUCAACAAGUGCCUAUAGACUCUGUUUUUUUAACAAAAGUGCUGCCUUUGAGAUCAGGGGAGUCCCAUUCCCCAUAAGAACUUUCUCAUUGGUGUCUUUUGCUUCAUUGCAAGCUCAAGACAACUUAGAUGAAAAAUAUGGAAUUGACGUAAUAGGCCAGGUAGUUCACGAUAAAGACCCGAAAACAAUUUUAAAAAAUGACAGGCCACGAAAGCUGAUGGAGAUGGUUUUAGGAGACCCAGAGGGAAAUGUUAUCACAUGUACUCUUUGGGGACCGAUGGUUGAGAUGCUUUUGACUUACAAGCUCACUACAUCAGAGCCAAUUGUAAUGCUGCUCCAGUGUUGCAAAGCUAGGAAGUACCAAGGCCAUGUUCAUGUUUCCAACAUGUUCAACACCACCAAGGUUAUUUUAAACGGGAGUGAGGAAGAAUUUGUGGAAUUUAAGUCAAGGAUGGCUGAAAGAUCCAGCAAGGGACUUCGAUUUUCAAUAACAACAGACAACUCAGACAAUAGUGACAUUGCAACUGGCCAGCAAGAUUUGAUUACUAUAGAGGCUCUUUCAAAACUUCAGGAGGAUGGGAGGUAUUGGGUUUACGGAGAAAUUGUGGCUAUUGACAGCCACAAAGAUUGGUCCUACAUUUCUUGCAUAGGUUGUAACAGGAAGGUUUCACCAAACGGGGAUAGCUUUUGUUGUGUCUCUUGCAAUUCAAAUGAUGCGGUUCUUAGGUAUAAAGUGAACGUCCGUGUUGUUGAUGGCACAGCACAUGCCUCCUUUCUCCUAUGGGAUAGGGAGGUCUCAUGUUUGCUCGGGAAGUCUGCCGCAUCUCUUAAGGAACAAGUAUCUAGGGUCUGUUUUCAUCCAAAGCAAUAUUUUAUCUUAUUUCCUCAUAUAUGAUGAAUAAACUAAGGUAUGUAUUCUUGCAGAGGAACUAUGGACCGCACUUCUUCCCAUCUGAGAUAAACUCCCUCAUUGACAUAAAGGCUUUGUUUAAAGUGCAAUUUAAAAGAGAAAGCAGGAGCUUUAAAGGAAAUCAAACGUUCAGUGUCAUAAGGAUGAACACCGAUGCCAAAGUAUUGGCACUAUACUCAUCUAAGAUAAAUGCUGUUGAGGAGGAAGAUGAGGAGGAAAAUGAGUUCACAAGAUUGGCUAAAGAGUUUUCAGGACCUGAUAGCAUGGCUGUGUCAUCACAGCAAUCUGUUUCUA